AUGGCAGGUGCUAAGAAGAUCAGUACAACAAUCAUUAAAUUGGUAUCAACCGCAAAUACUGGAUAUUUUUAUAAAACAACUAAAGGUUCAAAUAUGAGCACUAAAAAAUUAUUAUUAAGAAAAUAUGACCCAGUAGUUAGACAACAUGUUUUAUUUAAAGAAGAAAAAAUUAGCAGAAAGAAAUAA